CAAGCAACUUGACGCCGUCUAAUGUCGAGAGUUGAAGUCUUGUCGUGUCAAUUUCUUGGUUCUUUGGGCGCUGAUUCUUCACACCUCCGAGUUUCCCGAUCGGAUUUUUCAAUUAAUUAUCUUGUGCAAUGCAAUAUCCUGCUACGUUCAAUUUCUGUUCGUAAUGGAGCGCAAAAUAAAGUUGAUUACUUUGAAUGCUCAUAUCACCUGUAAAAUAUGCAGUGGUUACUUUAUCGAUGCGACGACAGUCACCGAAUGUUUACAUACCUUUUGCAAAAGUUGCCUUGUGAAACAUCUUGAGGAGAAGAAAACGUGCCCGACCUGCAAAAAUGUUAUCCACCAGUCGCAUCCACUGCAAUACAUCAGCUUCGACCGAACAAUGCAAGACAUCGUCUACAAGUUGGUGCCGAAUUUACAGGGAAAUGAGAUGCGCCGGGAAAGGGAGUUUUACAAGGCGCGAAAUAUGCCCUGUCCAAAAGAUUUGCCACAAAAUCACGACGUGGAUGACAAUGAUAAAGCGAAUGAAGCGCAUGCUGAAUCAGAUUAUCAUCGUCAGGACGAGCAAGUUAACGUUUGCCUUGAAUGCAUUACCAACAACUUUGAGCAUCUCAAGCGACGCUUCAUACGGUGCAGUUCACAAGCAACGAUUACACAUUUGAAAAAAUUCGUUGCGAAAAAAGUGCUUAAUGGAACGGAAAAGUAUCGAGAAAUUGAUAUUUUGUGCAAUGAUGAACUCCUCGGCAAGGAUCAUACGCUCAAAUUUGUCUACGUGACACGGUGGCGAUUUCGGGAUCCGCCACUACGACUUCAGUAUAGACCCAAAGUAGACAUAUAAGUAAUGUUAUUUCUUUAGCCCUGUGAGGGAAAUCUAUGAGAUCCCGGGAAAAUUCAAUGGUUUACAACAAUUUAAGGGAGAAAUGUAAAAAAGAGAGAAAACAGCUUUUUAUACAUUUAUAUUUGCAAAUAAGAUAUUUUCAUAUGUACAUGCUGUUGCAGAUAUGAAAAAGGGAAGGAAAAAUACAAAACAAAGCCGUGAGUGAAUGUGUUGGAACGAGUGAGAUGAAAGAGAGAAAUGUAUGAGUGAACUGAUUGUUUUCUAGAAGAAUUUAUAUAUAAUGUAAUUAUUAUUGUCGAAAUGUAUGUGUACAAAAGAACUCGAUCAUGUUAUUCGUAAUAAUUUCAUUUAAAUGUAAUUUAUUCAUUCAAUGGAAGCAUUAUGGCCGGUACAAGGUGACGUUCUGCAUACAUGUUUAAAAGAGAGAAUCAACGACUGAAUGCAUAGGUUUCUGCCCCGCUUCGAUUCACUUGAAUGCUUUCUUAUUAAGAGCGUUUUUAUACAUUUUUUCAGUGUAAAUCAGGUCUAAGGUGUAUUGACGAGACCCAAAGCUUUAAGAGCUCUUUCGGAUCUUUUCAAAGUGAAAUAUAAAACAGUCCACGCAAUAUGUGCGCUGAAGCUGAUUACUAAGAAAGCAAAAAGAAGGAGGGUGUUCAUUCAAGCAAUUUGAAUUUUUCAUGAACUUUCGGGGGUAUUGAUUGCAUGUUUUAACAUAAUGAGGUACAGCAAUCACAAUGAGACUGACAAGAAAUCUCAAAAAAUUAACUACUUAUUUAUUCGCUUUGGUUGUAAUCCUCAAAUCACUUGAAUGUGAACAACUACUUUACCUACAAGAUGUUAAAGAUUGAGACAAUUUCUUCACACAUAGAAUAUGGGCAUUCGUUAUUUGAAUAUUACACCACCUACUUCCUACUUUAUUUAUUUGUAAAGUAUUUACAUAAACAUUUGUGAUUUUUUAAUUCAAAAGUUGUCCAUUUGAAACACAUAUCGACCAGUAUUUAUUGCAAACGAGGGAAUUGCUCACUAGUUUUUGCGACUCUGCUAGGAUUAGUGAAACUCUUGACAUAUUUGACUCAGCUGCACUUUGUUUCGAUCAGUCCGUUUGCUCUUGAACCCUUAACUAGGCAACAGGUAACUGCUGUACUUUGUUGAUAUCCAUGAUAGCUUCCAUUGAUUGAAGUAUGUUGUGAAAAAUCAACUAAUCGUCAUUUUAAAAUGUCUAUAACAAAUUUUUAUUAUUAUGUAAAUUAAAUUUUAAUUAUGUAGUUCGCGCGAGAUAGGAAAAAAAUCGGAAAACUUCAAAAGAGACUAAUUACAAUAAAAGAGCCAAUUUAUUUAUUAUUUUCACUAAGUUCGGAUACAUUCUAUUGUAAAUAAGAGAAAAAUAUAUGUAUAGAGAGGAAA